UCAAUACGAUCCUAUCUGGGGUGGUUCUAUCCAAGCAAUCAUAUUUGACUACGUAACCUUCUCUCAGUUGGAUAAACAUCUCAUCAUUUCCUUCAUUGAUUAGCUUUCAAAUUGGCUUUCCCAUCACCUCAGCCUCCAUGGAUGCCAUGGAUUCCAAUCUUAAAGGGAUGGCUGUUGUGAUAAUGGGUGUCUGUGGGUCUGGGAAAUCUACAAUAGGGAAUAUGCUUGCAAAAGUCCUGAAUUGCAGCUUUCUUGAUGCUGAUGAUUUCCACCCAGAAUCAAAUAAAGAUAAGAUGAAGAGAGGGAUUGCUCUAUCAGACAAAGACCGGAUUCCCUGGCUUGAAACACUAAGGAAUGCUUUAAGAGAGCACUUGCUUAGCAACAACACUGUGGUUCUCGGGUGCUCUGCCCUGCAGAAGAAUUACCGAGAAAUUCUUAGGUCUGCAGACCCUAACUAUGAGCAUGGAAGCUUUGAAAGCAUGGUGAAGUUUGUUUUGUUGGAUGCCCGGGCUGAGGUGAUAGCCGCUCGGCUAGAGAAAAGAGCAGCAGAAGGGAAUCAUUUCAUGCCUCCAAACCUUCUUCAGUCUCAGUUGGACUCACUUCAGCUUGAUCCUUCAGAAGGCAUACUCAAGGUUGAUGCUACUCAAAGUCCUGACGAUACUGUCAAUGGCAUACAAGCUCUGAUCUUCUGAUCGUCAAUUCCUCAGACAAAAAUUAGGUAUUCAAGACCUUAUCUAGUUGAGAUGAAAAGGGGUUUUAUUUUAUUUUAUUUUUUAUUUUUAUUUAAUCUAAUUCAAGUUGAAGAUGGCUGCAUCAAACAUGACUGAUUGGUUUCAAAGUCUCACCAGAUUCAUUUCCAUGUUUUUUUCGUCACUAGGUGUAAUUGAACCCGAGCAUUUGCCUUAUGAAUAUACAGACAGGAAGUGAAAAGGAAUCCAUAGGAAUGACACAGACUCAAAUAACAACAAUGGCAGGAAUCUAAAAUUGGUGAAAAAUAGAUUUUAUUUUGUAACUGAACAUCAUUUCUUGAAAGUGCAAUGCCAUAGAUCUUGAUAA